GUCUUCUCUCUUGCUCGCUCGCACUGCGCGCCGCCUAAGUGUGCGUAGCGCGGGCUGUGUGUUCGUGUGUACCGUACUCGGCCGCGUACGCGUAUCUGCCCCGAGAGUCCGUCCGCGCCUCGACUUGCUGACAUGGCGUCCUAGUGCCGCACACGGGCGAAGUCGCACGUCCUUUCCGCGCGCCCAAACGGGAAACGGAAUUCUCUACGCUCCUUGUCCCGGCUGUUGGCAGUCGCCGUCAUCGUCGACUUCGUCGUCCUCGCCGCCGUUGUACUCAUCCGCGUCGUCGUCGACGUCGAAAUCGCGAGGAUGCCAAGGUCACGAAUAAGACGGACACGAUAAUCCGCGGCCGAUGAGGAGCACAGCACGAGGACGAGUAGUAGAAGAAGAAGAAGGAGCAGCGGCAGCAGCAGCACGAGCAAACACGAGCAGCUUCGUUGUCGAGGCAGAAGGUGGCGGCGUGGAAAAGCAAAAGGGACGACGAGGACGACGAAGUGGCGGCGGCAGUGGCAACGGCGGGUACGCGACCAACAGCCAGGUCCCAUGUUAGCGGACAUCAACGGCAAUCUGGCGGAUCUGAGAAGCGAAGCGAUGGCGUCGCAGAGGUUCUGUCUGCGCUGGAACAACCACCAGAGCAACCUGCUCUCCGUCUUCGACCAACUGCUGCACGACGAGUCGUUCGUCGACGUUACGUUGGCUGUGGAGGGUCAGCUACUCAGGGCGCAUAAGAUGGUGCUGUCGGCGUGUAGCCCUUACUUUCAGGCACUGUUCAUCGGUCACCCCGACAAGCAUCCUAUAGUCAUUCUGAAGGAUGUGCCGUACGUGGACAUGCGCAGCCUGCUGGACUUUAUGUAUCGUGGCGAAGUAAGCGUCGACCAGGACCGGCUGACCGCGUUCCUACGGGUCGCCGAGUCCCUGAGGAUAAAGGGUCUGACGGAGGUGAACGAGGACAAGUGCGACCUGCCGAGCAUCACGUCGUCGCUGUUGGGCGGUGCUCAGAACACGGUGCCACCGCCGCCACCCAGCCUCCACCGGAUCAACCAGAUCGGUCCGCAUCACCAUCAUGUUUCACAGAAGAGGUUCCACCACAUGUCCAGCCACCCGCUGCUGGGUUCGGCAUUGACCGCGCCUAAGAGAAAGCGUGGCAGGCCGAGGAAGCUGAGCGGUUCGUCGGACACGCCGAUCGGCGAGGCCGCUGGCCAGGAUCUGCAGUCGUGCUCGGGCGCCGAUCUUGUCCAGGGCUCGCCGGAGAUGAUGGAGAUGAAGAUGGGCCUGGAUUUCCAGAGCGAAGCGAGCGGUAACGGCGCGAGGAGCGGCGGCCAGGCCGCGGGUGGUUCCUCCGCUUCGAACAGCGUGACGGGCUUCGCGACCGCCAACAAUCCCGCCGCCACGGCGUCCUCGGGCUCGUCGGGGAGGAAAGACGAACCCACGGAGAAUGGCACUGACACCCCGGAGCCGCCGUUGACGCGGGUCAAGCGAGAACCGGAACCGACGCCCAGUACCUCGGCGCAAGCCUCGGAUGAGACAUUCGCGCGACCGCACAGUAGACAAGGGAGUGAGGGUUUCAAGCAAGAACUGGAGGAGACGUCGAGUGGCGGUGGCGGCGGCAACGGCGGCAGCGGCGGCAGCGGUGGCGGCGGCGGCGAUUGUGAGCCGCCGACUCACAUACGCAUCAACUUCGAGCGAUGCUUUCGCAAGGAGUUCAGCACGUCGACGUUGCAGAGUAAGACCGCGGCCGUCGCCAUGUUCGACGAUCAGCAACAGCAGCAGCAGGUGCACUCGGACUCCGAGACCGAUGCGAAGAUGUCGAAGGAGAGCAUAAGCAGUGCCAUAUUUAAUCUGGUGGCCGGCGAGGCGGAGAUCAGUCAGAGCGACUUCGAGGGCUCGUUCAAGGCGGAGAACGAGCGCACGGAGGGCUCGGUGCGGGACUUCUGCGUGAAGGAGGGCGACGUUUUCCGGUGCACUGUGUGCCAUCGCACGUAUACCCACAUCAGCAACUUCUGCCGGCACUACGUCACCUCGCACAAGCCUAACGUCAAGUACUACGCCUGCCCGGUCUGCUCCAAGGAGUUCACCAGGAAGGACAACAUGGUCGCCCACGUGAAGAUCAUACACAGCUACAAGCCGCCCAUGAGUCUCAGCAACAGCAGCGGCAGCGGCAGCAUGGGCCAACAGCCGCGGUAGACCGCCGCGUCCUCUCGUUCCGCCUCCUCCUCUGCCUCCGGCGACGGGUCGCCGCGUCGUCUCGCGGAUCCCGCGGAGACGCGCGGGAUCCGCGACACAUAACACUACCGAAAGCUCCUUGGCGCCGUGCUACUGCGCUCCGUCGUAUUCUCACGUUCGCGGUAUCGGGGAUCUGUGACGCGACGCUAGCGGCAGCGGCGGCGGCGGUGCUCUGUGGUUCUCAUUGAGACACUCGCUGAUGCCAAGCUCUCUUGUGUUACCGAGGGUAGCUUCGAUACCAGUGAUUAGCGAUAGAUUAGAAUCUUAAUAAUGAGAGAGAGAGAGAGAAAGAUAUAUAUACAUAUAUAUAUAUAUCGUAGAGUCCGCGCGGUGUGUCACAGAUCGCACGGUACCGAGACACGGGGUGUUACAACGGCCAGAACGGCCGGCUGCGUUUUUUCCGCGGGGGUGGUUCAUUAUCGACCGAGUUUCAAGUUGUUGCACUUAGACGGGACCAAGGAACGGUGUCGACGUGGGUAGAGGAGGCGGAGAAGGAGCUCGAGAAGAACGCAGGAGAUGGAAAGACAAAGAGAGAGAGAGGGAGAGAGAAAGAGAGAGAGAGAGGAGGGGGAAAGGAGAGACAAAGAAAGAGAUAGAGUAAGAGAAGAAGAAGAAGAAGCGCCUCGUAACGAAGUCAGUGCGCUCCUGCGAGCGUGUAAGAAGCGAGGAGAGACAAGAGUGGAGUAGAUAGAUAGAUAUGUAUAAGCGGUAGAUAGAUAGGCAAGCGGCUGAUCUUAUGGAAACGCCUGGAUAAGGAGAUCGGGGAGGGUGAUUUAGAGGGAGGGUGGGAUGUGCAAGAUUCAAAGCUAUGAACGUCAUCGCCGGAGCGCGCGAUUCUUUUUUUUUCCUUUUCUUUUUUCCUUCCGGAGCGUUCUCGAGCCGUUACCCGCGAACUUUCGGCGCGCGUCAAGCGAGAACGACCGUUAACCCUUCGAGCGCUGAGCCAACAUUGAGCUUAUAGAGCGGACGUGUUUUAUAAGAUACGACACUCGUUUCACGUCCUACACUAUUUUAGCUAACGUGGCGCGGACGCUGUGUUACACACACACACACACACACACACACGCGCGCGCGCGCGCGCGCGGCCCCAGUUGCGAUCCUCUUAGAUUUUUUAAGGAACUCUAUGAAGGAGGAAGAGCAAGAGAGAGAGAGAGAGAGAGAGAGAGAGAGAGAGAGAGAGAGAGAGAGAGAGAGAGAGAGAGAGAGAGAGAGAGAGAGAGAGGAAGACGAUAUAUACCGUCGCUCUCGAGGGGUUAACGUUUACAAGAGCCACUAUGUCGACGUUGCACGAUUCGCGAGCGCGAGGUGUGGGUCUGACCAAGUCCAGUGCGCACCAAUACGAUGAACUCUCAAAGCAGCUACUAAAGUAAUUCCACUGUACGAUAUUUAAAUUUUAAUAGGGUAUUAGGCCAAUGCGAGGACACCGUUGCGCGAUACUUUACAACAACGGCGUUCAUUGGCACCCACUUUGACGGGCAGCUUUCUCUAGAAUCCGCGGCGAUCUGCCCCCCUCGAUCAACCCCUGCUUCUGGUCCUGGUCCUGAUCCUGGUCCUAGUGCUAGUUGUAGUUAUCUUUAUCGAUCUCCGUGCCUUCGAGGACCCGCGACGCGUGCGCGCGCGCGCGCGUGCACGCCCGCCCGCCUCUGACGCCGCAUCGCGCAACGUCUGUGUUCUUCUUCGCGUUCCGGAGGAUCGCGCGAACAGACGUCGAAAGCUCGCUGGGAAACGGCUCGUGCGCGCAAAGUAACAAGCGCGAGGAGCAACGGGCAUUAAAAGUUACAAAACGAACGAGCUUUACCGCGCUCUCGCCGCCGCCGCUCUCGGCCCUCCCGCUGAGGAGAAGACGAGAGGACGAGAGUCGGCUCGUGGCUGUUGUAAUAACGGAGGACACAAGAGGCUUUAUAAAAAAAAAAAGACGGUAGAAGUUUAUACAAUAUGCAAUCGAUGCGCUCUCGUUGCAUUAUUUUCUCAGAAGGUGGUUCUGCGUUGUCGAAGAGUCGUCGAAACGGCGCUCAGCAACGAGAAGAGGCAGAGCGAGAGAAAGAAGGGGGGGGGCAAGGUGACAUGUGAAUUCAAAUGAACGUAAAGAAAACGGAAGAAGGAGGAGAGAGAGAGAGAGAGAGAGAGAGAAAGAUAGAAAGAAAGAAUAUAUUUACUACCGCCUGAUUAUAUUACGUUGCAGAGAGAAUCAAACACGCCGGCUGAUGCAGCGCGGCAAAUACAUUUCUACGCGACGCGCGCGGACGCGCACGUGCGUUUCAGUCUCACCGGCCAAACCUCUGACCUCCAGCACGCUCUUCGGGUAUUACCCGAGGACCAGACCUUCGAGCGGCGAUCUGACGUGCAGCGGUUUCCGCCAUUCGCACAUACACUACGCGUACACAGGGUACUCGAUAACGGGAUCAAUCGCGGUGAUCGCGCCGUCAUCGUCGCAUGCAGCAAUAAUAAGGCAACUAUGUCGUGUCGAAGUGGAAGCUGAAGCUUCCAGGGGGCGGGAGGGCAACUUGUUGAUUACAUAUAGUGUCUUAUGUAUUCGUCGAGUCGGCGAGAGAAAGAGACGGAGUAGUUUCAUUAUUCAGAUCUUCAUAUCAAAGAGGACUGGGAGCGAACGAAGAGGGUGCGGAGAGGAAGAGGUGAAUGAGGACGAAACGCACGCACACACACACACACACGCACGCACGUACACACACACACACACACACAUACACAUGCGCGAACGCGUGCACGCGUGGUAUAAGUAAUAAGGGAACUACGUAGACUGAGUAAAUGCAAUAUGU